UUCACACAAGUCCAGCUUAAACUGACGUUCAUCAAGCAUCUCCAUAUACCAACAAAAGAAAAAUCUAAUUUUUCCCGCAGUAUUAUCGCUAAUUCCUCGCAUUUGAAUCCACAUUCGCCACACCAUGGACUUUGGAGAGCUGAAAAACGACACAGACUUCAUUUCAAAAGUCACAAAUCUCGAGGAUUCGAUAAAUGCCAUCGAACGGCAUAUGGCCCUCAUGGGCGAACUCACGUACGAGGAUUUGUCAAAGGAAAACAAGGUCAAAUACGACUUGUUCCAAUCGUUCGCGAUAAAUUCGCUGUUUUUCAUGUAUCUCAAACUGCAGGGCAUUGAUCCAACGAACAACGAAAACUUGAGUCUCAAAUUGGAAUUGUCGAAGAUUAAGGACGCCAUGAAGCGGGAAAAUUUGUUCCAAGACAAAAAGACGAUGCCCCGAAUAAAUCAGGCAGUGGCGAAGAGAUUUGUUUUGCACGGGAUCCAAAAGAUAAAAGAACCCGAAAAUGCGACAGAGGAAGAGGAAAAAACGACAGAUGGACCUGUUUCUAAGAAACGACGACAUGAAUAAGAAAGAAAAAAGUAUUUUUUUACUUAACGCAUUUCCUUAAAAAAAAUAUUUAAUGACAUUUGAAGUUUUUACUACCGAUACACAAACAAAAAAAAAUGAAUUAACCUUAAAAUAAAUAAAUAAAUGACAGACAAAAAAAAGAAUUGCAAAAACAUAUCAACGAAGUUUUUU